AUUGUUACUGGCAAAGCCCGGCUGCAGCCUCCUAUUUUCGUACUUCGCACCAACACACGUGUCAAGUCUCUCUAGAGUAAUAUUUCCAGUUUAAAUUAAUGAGUCAUUUACUCAAAAAUUAAUGUUUGGUAAUGAGCAUGUGAUGUCGGUCAGUUUGUGAGCGGUGGAGUAGUGAGAAUGGACGCCUGGGGUAAUCUCACCCUCGGAAACCUCGAUGUUCCUGCGAUCAGAGACGAUGAACCGAACGUGCAAGGGAGUUUCAGGAGGAAGAAGCCCAAAACCACAAUAGAAAAACUUCCCGAUAAAGUCCUCCUCCACAUCUUCAGCUACUUAGCUCACAAGGAAAUAUGUCAUAUGGCAAGGGUCUGCAGACGAUGGCGCCUCAUCGCUUACGACACCAAACUGUGGAAAAACGUUUCUCUACGUCCAGAAAUCUCCGGACUUCACGUAGGUUCCCUGGAAGCUCUCUUGGCACUUGUGAGCAUCAGAUUUGGACCAUCUCUGAGGUACAUAGAGCUUCCAAUAGAACUUAUCACGCAUACGGUGCUACACGAGUUGGCGAAUAAGUGUCCAAAUUUGACUCAUAUGCUGCUGGAUUUCUCUACUGCUAUGCAGCUGCACGAUUUCAGCGAAUUGCAAGCGUUUCCCACUAAGUUGAAGUAUUUGUGUAUAUGUUUAUCAGAAGUAAUAUUUAUGGAAGGUUUCAUGAGAAAAAUCUACAACUUCAUCAACGGUUUGGAGAUUCUCCACUUGAUAGGAACGUAUGAAAAAGUAGAAGAAGAAGAAGAGGAAAUUUACGAAGUCAUUAAUGUACAUAAAUUAAAAUCAGCAACUCCAAAUCUCAGAGUCAUCAAUUUGUAUGGCAUUAACUUUGUAGACGACAGUCAUAUCGAUGCAUUCAGUUCAAACUGUAUUCAGCUGGAAUGUCUGGCUGUGAACUACUGUAAUAAAGUAACAGGAUCAACUUUGAAAACAUUAUUCCAACGUAGUAGAAGGUUGAAAUGUUUAUUAAUGAACGGAACCAACCUGCAAAGCGACUAUCUCAUGCAAGUGGAAUGGGAAAAAUGUUCUGUGCAAGAACUUGACAUUACUGCUACAGAUUUAUCAACGGAAGCCUUGCAAGAUAUGUUGACAAGGAUACCAGGACUAAGAUUCUUAAGCGCUGGACAAUUAAAUGGUUUCAACGAUUUAGUAUUGAAAUCUUGGAUGGAAUCUGGAACGUCAAGAAACCUGAUAGCAUUGGAUUUGGACAGCUCUGAUAAUCUAACAGAAGAAGCUAUUUACAAAUUUUUGUGUAAACAUGGACAACAGUUGCUGGGAUUAGGCCUAUCUGGAAUGACCCAUAUCACAGAUUCUUUAUGGCAAUCAGUAUUACCAAUUCUCACCAACGCUAAGAUAUUGGUGAUGGGAACACAGGAAAGACUGGGAGUGAACAUCCUCGCGGAUCAACUCAUGGAUAGUAUAGCCAGAAACUGCUUAAACUUGGAAAGACUAGAGCUGAGAUGGGACCCUGACAAUCUAAGAUUUUCAGAUAAGAGUCAAAAGGCUAUUGAUACGUUACGCGUAAAAUGCUUGAAGCUUAAGUGCCUAUGUUUAAGUGACGGCAGAUACUACGAAGUGGUCAAAGCCAACUUUGAAAGAGCUGACAGGAUGACAGUAGUACGCACUCUCACCAACUGCAGGAUCUCCAACUACUACCUCCUGUCUAACUACAAGGAUCUGAUUUUUAACUAAUAAAGACACAGAAAAUAAUUUAAAAUAUUUUUUAUUUAUGAUCUAUAAUAAGUUAAUGAUAGUUUCUAAAUGUGUAAUAGUAGGUUGCUGUUGCUUUUAUAUUUAUUUAUUAUUUGUUGAUUCAUAAAACGAACGAGAAGGCAAUGGUGACGAUUAUGUUACAAUUAGAAAAUAAAAGAAUUAUUUGUUUUUUUUUUCAUUUUGAUUCCAUAAACUCAACUCAAUAAAUUGCAUUUUAAUUCAAUCAAAUUCAAUAAUACUCUUUAUUUCAAUAUAUCGUAAGUUCAGAAGAUGAAUCCAACUAUGGAGUCGAAAACUCGACGCUAACACUCUCCAAAAUCAAAUUAAUUUACAGAGUAAUUUGUCUCAUUAAAAUACAACUUUAAGAUAUAACUUUAAUGUAUUCGUUAUAAAGCAAAUUACUGAGAAACCACUAGAGUAUAAGAGACCAGAAUUUCUGUGUCUGAUUGACCUAAAGAAAGCGUUUGACAGACUAAGACUCAAAGAUGUAAUCCAUCUUCUAUAUAAUAGAGAAGUUCCCCUAAAUAUUAUAAAAACUAUCGAAAACAUCUAACAAAACAACAAAAUUAAAGUCAGAGUAAGUGACUUACAAAACCUAUAGAAAUCGGCAGAGAAAUAAGACAAGAAGAUUCAUUGAGCACAACGCAAUUCAAUUUAAUCAUGAAUGAAAUCAUCAAAAGCGUUAAUAAAGCAAGAGGAUACAGAAUGAGAAACAAAGAAAUUAAAAUACUUUAUUGCAAAUCUGAUUACUUAUUAAGAGUAUUUUGUAUUUUCGUAUAUUCAAUUCCAGACCUGCUUCCUUACAGCUCUCAAAGACACUGCCAAGUCAAGUUUGCAGAUCUUCUUGAGUAGAAGCUAGGAAUGCUGUGUCGUCCGCAUAUCGCAAAUUAUUGAUGACUUCACCGUUCACAAUUAUUCCCUUUUGUUUAAAAAGAAAAAAAAACAUUUCUGAAAUUUUUUUCGGAUUCUGCGUUGAAAAGCAGGGGCUACAAGAGGUAUUCCCGCCUUACCCCUCUUUUAAUAUUAAGAGCCCGUAAUUUCAAAGCGUCUACUAAAACUGAUGUUGUUUGGUUCCAAUACAAAUUUGCAAUUAUGCGAAUGUCUCUGCCGUCCAAGCCAAUGUCUCUUAGAACUUCGAUCAAUAUAGAAUGCUUGACAUGAUCAAAUGCUUUUUGUAAGUCAAUAAAACAUAUUUACAGAGAUAUCACAUCUUUAAGCAAGUACGUUCAUCGUAAGCAAUGUUUCUCUAGUUCCAAACCCGUUUAUCUUAUCAGCACCUUAAAAAACGCGCGAUGAUGAUAAAAGAGAAAGUUUCAACGAACACCUCCGAAGUAUAAAUAAACAACAAAAUGAUCAUAUGAUCAUUAUGAGUCAUUUCCUUACUACCUAAACUUACCUAAAAAGACAAGAAACAGUUUUUGCAAGAAAAGUCUUCCCCGGGAUCAUUUUCGUUCUGUUUCUUCAAAAUGGCUUCAAAAUAGAGUCAUAAAUGAAUUUGCCGCGCAAAAGAUAGAGUGACAACAUUUCACAGAGGUACUAAUAAGCCAAUGAACAAACAGGAUCGCUUGUAGAGAGGAGGAAAAAUUUUGUAUAUUCAGUGAUACCCUAAAGAUGCAGAGGCGUUAAUUGCGACGUAUACGCAUGUCUGGUUGAUCAUGAUGAUGCAAAUACUAAGAAAAGCAGGAAUUAACAACCGAGAUCUGAAAAUAAUUAGAAUAAUUAGAAGUGAAUCAGACCGCAAAUCUCAGAAUUGAAGGUGAACGAAUACCGAAAACGUGAGUAUGCUAAACCUCAAGUGGAUCGAUCAAAUAUCCUCUUUUCUCUUUUUUAAGCAUGAAACUUUAAAUUGAAGCUUCAGGGCAUACCUUUACAGAUUUGGAAAGGCAGAAAAUGACAAAUGCCUGCGCUGUCAAAUAUCAGAUACCAUCUCAAACACUCUAUUGAUAUGCGAUAGAUGGAUAGAUGAGAAACAGCUAGAAAGUAGGGUGGAAUCAGUCAUAAAACUGGUGGAGGAGUUGCUUAGGUCGUCAGAUCGAUGGAGAGCAGUUCAGUGAUAUGUGAGGAGAACGUUGGAGGGAAAGGAACAAGAAAGGCUACCCGAAGGAAGGCAAGGCGCCCAGGAGUAAGCAAGAAGAUAGGGCAGACUGAGAAGGGGCGACAUUGAACAAGAACAGGAAGGAACAGAGGGUCAGAAAAAUUCAGUCGUAGUGAGAAAGUGCUAGAAUGCGUGAAUGAGAGAUCGGGUGAAUGCUGUGCCGAUGUUGCAUGCCAAUCAGGGCGGUAGUUCACCGCUGAGGAGGGUGUUUUUUAGCAGGUAGGUCUCUGGCAUUGAUGGCGAUGGUGCCCGAACAACCCCUGCGUGCGAUCCCGGAUAUCAUCGUGAGCACGCUGGAGGAAUCCUACAUAACCUAGGCUGGAAGGCGGUCCUGUCCACCUUCUAGGACCGAGGUACGUUUCGAACAUUUGGACCACCCUCUCAUAAAAGACGAAAAAAAAAAGAUUUUUCACUGGACCGAAAACGUUUUGAAGAUAUUUAUAAUCCUUUUGGAUAAAUUUUAAAUAUUUUGAUAAAAGUAAGAAAGUCGGAAUAAUGUUAAAUGUGACUAAAAAGCAAACAAUUACUAAAUUUGACACGAAACUUGCAAAAUCCAUUACUAUGACUCUUUUGUGUAGUUUAAAACACUUUCGCAGAGGAACAUUAUUUUUUCAGAAAAUUCUCCUGUGCGGAAUGAAGUUUUGAUAGAAAAAUGCAAUACGCAGAUAUCGCCAAAUGGCACAAAUAGACUGAGAAAUAAGAAAGACACAUAUGACGACUUCGGCAGCGAAAGUGUUAGCGUUUUCAAGAUAGCCGAAAAAAUUUUAGAAGAUCGAUCAACAAAACAAAAAGUAUAGGGUCAAAUAAUUUUCCACUUUUGCAACAGUUGCUAAAUGCAACCGCACUGUGGUUUGAUUUGAAUCUGUGUAUUGAAACAACAAAAUUUCACAUAAAAUAUAUGUAUUUAUUUUCUUCCACGCGAUGCGGCAACUCUGUGCUACAACUGGAAGUUUCCGUUUUUAUACGCUUUAGAUUUUUCUGCGCCGUUGUACAACUGCCAAUUCAAUUAUUCGUCCGCCUAUUCUUUGAGCAAUUGAGCAUUCUGUUGAUUUUUAGGCAUAAUAAAACUGAUGACUCAUAAACCUAGAGAAAAUACACAAACAGUAAUGUGAACUAUGUUUAUAACAGUAAUGUGAACUAUGUUUAGGUAUAGAAUACUUUUUACGAAAGUGAUUGAUAAAAACGUAAUGGGUAUUUAUUUAUAGAUGUAUAAUACUAAAAAUUGUGAGGAAAUACUUUACUAUAGGGUCAUUCGAUAACUACUGGGCCAAACAAAAAUUUUAAAGAAAGAAAGAAUAUUUCUUGCCACUUUGUAGACUCAUUAUUUAGUGUCACACACUUGUAGUAAGUGUGUAACAAUCUGUCUAUUGUCUGGUUUUGAUAUUACUUCAAACUGAAACUCACGUGUGAAUUUGUAAACAAUGAAAAAAACUGUGUUAUGAAAAUUAUAACAACUUCGAUACUGUUGGAAUUCGCUCUCACACAAUAAAAGUUGUAGAGAAAGAAAAAAGUUACACAGUUCUGUUUUCUUGGGGUUUCCAUCUCUGGACUACUUUUACAGCUCGAUUAUCUGGCACUCUUUCUAAGUCACCAAGCCAGUUUAGUUUUAGUAACUUUACGAAUAACAAUAUCUGCACUCUGCAUUAGUUCAUCCAGCUCAUGGUUCAUUUUAAUUCUCCACGAACCAUCGCUGCAUUGGGUUGGUCCAAAUAUCUUUUAGUAUUUUGCGCUUAAAUAUUCUCAGUUGACUUCAUCAGUGGUUCAGAGGGUCCACGUUUCACAUCCAUAUGUGACCACUGGUCUAAUUACUGUUUUGUAGAUUCUAAGCUUAGACUCACAAUUUAGUAACUUACUUUUCAUUAAGUCUUUGUAUGCAUAAAAGCACUUAUUACCGCUAAGAAUCCGUGCUUGUAUUUAUUGACUGAUGUUGUUCAUGUCAUUUAUUAUUGAGCCUAGGUAGGGAAAAGUGGAGGCAUAUUUGUAGGUAUGGUUCAGAUUCUCAUGUUGAUUCGAUUUUUUGCACUUCAUAUAUUUUGUUUUAUUUCAUUUAUAUAUAGACCAAACUUAACAGCUUCUCUUUUCAGUUCUAUAACUUUUUCGCUUAAUACUUUUGUAGCGGCUUAUUAUGGCAACAUCAUCCGCAUUUUUACAUUGAUCUUGUAUUAAUACAACCGUUUAUAUCCAGUUUUCUAACAAGAGUUUCUAAAGUUAGAUUAAAAAGUGUUGUUGAUAAGUAAAUUUAGUAAGGACUUUUAAACUGUAAUUACACAUUUUUGCCUUUUCUUACUGAAGAGAGUUGCAGACGGCGAGAAAAUGAUUCAUCUACGUCGAGACAAGAAAUUUUCAACUCAAAUGAAAUUUGUUAAAGAAACGGCCAAGUCCAACGAGGAAGUUGGGAUUAGUUCUAUAGAUUUUAUACAGAACCUUCAACUGCCACAAUGAUGCAAGAGGUUUUCUAUCUUCGCCAGAUAACAGUAAACGUUUUUUGUUUUAACGAUAAUAAAACAGGAAAAGCAACGUUUUUUCUGUAUCAUGAGGGUAACGGUACGAAGAAGCCGAAUGAAGUUUGCUCAUUCUAAUGAGGUAUUUUAUAGAGAAAAUGCCGUUAGUGAAAUAUCUUCAUGUUUUCUCUGAUGGUUAUAAAGCACAAAAUAAAAACCACACUAUGUCUUAAGAUUUUUUUCCUCUUUGAUUUCUCUCCAAAAAUGUAAGACCGUUGACCAUUAUUUUUCUAUUAGGGGUCAUUGUUUCCUACCCUAUGAUAGUGAUUUUGCAGUGAUUCAAAGAAAAAUUAUAAAAGUAGACCGCAUAUACACCAUGGAAGAAUAUGGACACUGAUAAAAACUUCAUGUAAAAAUAACCGCUUUAAUCUGGUAUUGGUCAAUGCUGAAGACGUAAUUGAUUACAAAAGUUGGUGGCCAGAGUAUUACAAAAAAACCGUGUUAUCCGCAGAACCCAGUGGCCAAAAUAUUCCACGGAAUCAGAAGCUUUAACCAAAAAUAAGCCAAUUCAUGCAUUUUCACCACUCAUUCGAGAAAUCAAACUUGGUUGUAGCGCACUCUUUUAUUAAUGGAUUAGCCAAUCACACCUUCAGGUUUAAUAAUAAUAAAAAAUACACUAAUAUUGGCUGAAGCAUUGGUAGUUCUGGCUUUAAGCUCAGAACAAGAAUUUCAACACAAAUAAUAGAUAAACACACAAAGAUCGAACGAUGGAAUUUGGCGAAGCUAAUAGAAGAAAAUAAUCAAAGACAGUACCAAGUAGAAUUAAGAAAUAGGUUUCAGGUUUUGGAAAUAAAUGAAAAUGAAAGUGAUGGAACUCCAUAAAAACAACUAUUACAGAAGCAGCAGAAAAAUCUAUCGGAAGAACGAAAAAAAACAAAAAAGAAAAAAUAGUUCGACGACGAAUGUGAAAGAACUCUAAAUUAAGCAAACAAAAGAAGAAUUGAUAAUCUGUCGAAUCCAUCAGAAGAAAAACGUAUACGAUUCAACAGAGAGAGAGAGAGAGAGAGAGAGAGAGAGAGAGCCGCAGCUAGAAGAACACUUAGACAAAAAAAGAGACAAUAUCUGCAGCAACAAAUUGAAAAAGUAGGAGAACACAGACGAAAUCAAAGUCAAAAUUUCUACAGAAAAAUAAGACAACAUAAGAGAGGCUCGUAUGUAAGCACACCCAAAUUCGUAAGAGAUAAAAAUGGAGAAAUACUGGCUGCCGAAAACAAAAUAAUAGAAAGAUGGGCUGAAUAUUUUGAAGAGCUCCUGAAUAUCCAAAAUUUCACUGAUGAAAACAACGGAGAACAUGAGUAUCAAACCGUUCAAUUAGAAAUACCCCCAGCAAGCAUGGAAGACAUUACACAUGCCACAAAAUGCUUAAAAACGAUAAAUCCCCUGGUCUUGACAAUAUUGAUGCCGAGCUAAUUAAAACAGGCGGUCAUGAACUCAUAAGUAAAAUCCAUCAAUUAAUAGAAAUGGCCUGGCAACAAGAAAUAAUGGCGAAAGAAUGGUGUGGUAGUAUUAUUGUACCAAUACACAAGAAAGGAAAAAUGGAAUUGUGCAUGAAUUAUAGAGGAAUCUCACUAAUUAACACUACAUAUAAAAUAUUGGCUUCGAUAUUAUUAAAAAGAUUACUACCAUACGUCGAAUAGUUGGUGACUAUCAAUGUGGUUUCAGGCCUGGCAGAUCGACUAUUGAUCAAAUAUUUACAAUAAGAAAAAUGCUUGAAAAGUUUUGGGAAUAUAAUCACGACGUGCAUCAGAUUUUUAUAGACUUCAAACAGGCUUAUGAUUCAAUUAAUUGAUCGAGCUCGGCGUAACCAAGAAACUAGCUGCGGUAGCACAAAUGUGUGUAAGUAACUCUUUUGCACAAGUUAGAAUAGGGGGAAAAAUAUCAAAUGCUUUCUGCGUAAAUUCUGGACUGAGAAGGGAGAUCAGUUGUCCCCAUUGUUGUCUAACUUGGCCUUAAAAUAUGUCAUGUCAUGCUGUUCGAAUGAUAUAUGGCCCUUGCAGAAACAGCGUGACAAACGAAUGGAGUGCCAGAUAAAAUAACAAACUAGAGUCUCUACGCGGAAAAGAAAAUCUAGUCAGAUAUAUUAGAUGUGCAGGGCAUGUGAUACGCAGUAAAGACAAUCGCCUUAUAAACAAUGUGUUCUGAGAAAGGCCAGAUGGAAGAAGGUCUGUAGGGCGGUCUAGAAAAAGGUGGAAAGAUGCAGUCAGAGAAGAUCUAGAGAAAGAGUGCGACAAUGGGAAUUACUGGCACAGGACCGAAAAACAUGGAAGGCAAUAGUAAACGCGGCAAAGACUCACGAAAAGUUGUAGCGCCAUUGAUGAUGAUGAUGAUCAUUGGUAUAUCCCAGUGGAAUAAUUCUGAUUAAUUAUAAGAAGAUUGUUGAUAUACAAAAACUACAAACUUAUUAUAUGGGAUGUAGAAAAUAUCCACCAUUAUAAUGAAUUGUUCAACUGGCCCACAACGACCAAUAAUAUACCUGAAGAAGAUGAAUGAUCACACUUUUCGUUUUUUUUUAGUUGUAAUAUUUUUUGUGCUUUUUAUUAUAAAUUACACUAUGUGUAUUUUGUUUCCUUUUAAUUCCUUAUAAAGUUUAGUUUCAGGUGACGCUGAACAAGUUAUUUGAGAAACUGCUUAAGUCAAUCAAGUUUGAGCUUAUAUAUCUUUCUGUCAAAAAAUAUUGGAGUGAAAAAGUCAAGAAACAGUGUAUAAAUGGAAUAAGGUCAGUUUUUAACAUGUACAAAUCUUCGUAUUUUCCUCACACAGUUUUUCUUGUUUUCCGAAAGUCUUAAUUUUGUGACUUAUGGGGUUUCUCAAAUAAGUGAUUAAUUUGUUGUUUCUAUCCACCUUUUUACGCUUCUUUCGUUUCAUGAAUCAAUCUGAGAACCCGAUUCAAUUCAUUGUAUCUAUACAAUAUAUAUGUACACCUAUCUUAGACAAAUUGUCAA